GGCAGUAAUCUUCGAUCAUAAUCUUCAAUGGAACAUUGAAAGGACCAGUUCUCCCUACCAAUUCAUCGUUUUAGGGAUUGGACGUUUCUCGCCUUCGAAUUCAGUUUUUCAAGCCUUCGAAUUGACGUUUCUCGCAGAUUUUCUUAGCAAUUUCCUAAUUCGAUCGCAUCUUCAGGAGGUUGAGGCAGAGAAAGACUCUAGUGUUGAGGCCGAGAAUGGGGAUGACUCUGAAGCAAAUACAUCUACUUCUACUACCGUAACACAAACAGAAGCUGAUAAUGACCCAAUGUAUUUGAAAUUGUGGAGAAAAACAAAACAGCAUAAAGAUGGUAGUUUUGAUGAUGAGGGUGAAGCAAAGUUCAACGAAUUUAAAAAGUUACACGAGAAAGAAAUUCAAGAGAAUGGCAUUGAUAAUCUUUCCAUAGACGAGGCUUACAUGAAGGUGCUUGGACAUUGUUCGGGGUACGCCCGGGGUCUUGGUAAAGGACAUCCAGUGGUGGACAAGGGUGGGAAGAAAGGUAAAGCAGAAUUGGAGGCUGAGAUUCAACAACUAAGAGGUAAUAACAAUGCAAUGCAAGCUGAAAUAGAUUUUCUAAAAGCUGAAAGUCAGAGAAAGGAAAAGGAGGCAAAAGAAAGAGAGGAAAGACUGGAAAAGAAGAUUGAGGUCAUUAUGACUUCACUUGGACUUUGAUAAGGGCAUUUAUGAAGAUAGCAAGUUAUGGAGCAAGAAAGGACCCUCAUUUCUAUCAAAUUCAAGUCACUUCUUCCAUGUUCAGUACAUAAUUGUUAUGUUAUGGUUUUCACUUCAAGUGAGCCUUAUUGUGUUGCUUUUAAGGGUGGGAGUGAGGAAACCUUUGAAGAGAGUGUUGAGCUAGGAUCAAAAUUUUUGUGGACAUAUCUCAAGUAAACAUUAUGUGAAUAUGAUUUUGUUUAAACUUUUAUAAGUCAGUCUAGUAGAAGGCUACUAUAUCUGUUGAGGAUUUUGUUAAAAUUUUAGUAAAUCAAUAUAGUAAUAUUUUUUCCCUUA